AUGCUCUUCCCCCUCCUCGCCCUCCUCGGGCUCGUGGCGGCCGAAAAUGUCGACAAGGCAGGCCAGUUUACACCUGUCGACAUGCUCACCACGCCACGGCCGCAGGCCGCCAUUGCCGCGCCGGACGGGCGGCACGCCAUCAGCGUUGUGGACCAGUGGAACGAGAAGGAGGAUACCAUGUCCCGCACCCUCUACAUCCUCGACCUCGACGGUUUGGAGCAGCUCCAGCCUGCCGAGGAAAUCAAGCACAAACGCGUCCGCAAACUGUGGACCGCGCCGACAUCCCAGGCCCACGACUUCCUCUGGCUCUCCAACACCACUCUCGCAUACGUCAACGGCUCAACGCUCCUCCACUUGUCCAUCGACCCCAAGUACGCGGGGCGCACGAUGAAGACGCUCGACUUCCCCGCCGGCACCGAGCCCAGUGGCCUGCAGUACGACAGCGACAGCAAGGUCCUCGUCUUCUCUGCCGCUGUGUGGGAGAAGGAUCUCGAUCUCGACAAGACGGCCGCGGGCGACAAGGCAUACGAGGAGCGCGGGGAUUCCGGGCUCGUUCUCGACGAUCUCUUCGUGCGGCAUUGGGACACUUGGCGCGUCCCGGGGCGUAUUUACACACUUGGGAUGACCAAGCUCAAUCGCCGCCAGAAGAAGAGGGACGAGGACCGGGGCGGCGACAGCGCCGACGCUGAGGCCGAGUUUACCGGCGGACACAAGUUUGAGAACAUCCUCAAGGGCACUGGCCUCUACUCGCAGAUGGAUGCAAUCUCCGAGUUCUCCCUCAACGGUCACCGCGUCGCCGUGGCGCUCAAGCCUAACGACAUCAGCGUCGCCACUCACACUCGCAUGGAGGUUUACGUUGUAGACUUGGAGAAGCUGGGCUCCAAACCCUCGCAGCUUACGCCGGGCAAGCUCGGUGCUGUCAGCGGCGUCGAGUUCAGCCGUGAUGGCUCAAAGCUCGCAUGGUUCCAAAUGGCCGAGGACGGGUACGAGAGCGACAAGCGCGUGGUGAUGGUGCACACGUUCGACAGCGGCAAGACGGAGGCAUGGACGCAGAACUGGGACCGCUCGCCCGACUCACUCGCCUGGGAUGUCGACAGCCGCUCGCUCUACGGUACGGCAGAGUACAAGGGCCGCGUGCUGCCGUACCACUUCCCUGCGGCAGGUCGGCUUCCCGUACCCUUGCUCUUUAACGGGUCCACGUCGCGCAUCUCCCCGCUGACUGACUCGACGUUCCUCAUCUCCCGCUCGAGCCUGCAGCACCCGACGGAGAUCUUCUUCCUCGACCUCGAGGAGGGCGACGAGCCAGGCCAUGACCCGCACAAGCGCCCCGCGGAGCAGGUCAUCCAGCUCACGCACUACUCGGAGGCGCACAUCGGAGGCCGGCUCGACGCGCACGCCCCCGAGGAGAUCUGGUUCGAGGGCGUCGACGGUUUCCGCGUCCACGCGUGGGUGCUCAAGCCGCGCGGCUGGAGCAAGGACGACGCCGCCGCAUCGUACCCGCUUGCCUUCCUCAUUCACGGCGGCCCGCAGGGCGCAUGGGACGAAAGCUGGUCCACGCGCUGGAACCCCGCCGUGUACGCGUCGGCGGGGUACUUCGUCGUGGCAGUGAACCCCACCGGCUCGACGGGAUAUGGGCAGGAGUUCUGCGACCGGAUCCAGAACCACUGGGGCGACCGGCCAUACCAGGACCUGCUGGCCGGUUACAACGCCGCGCUCACCAAGUAUCCGCAGAUAGACCGUAACCGGACCGCUGCGCUCGGCGCGUCCUACGGCGGCUUCAUGGUCAACUGGAUUAACGGGCACAAUGCGUUCGGCUUCAAGGCGCUAGUCUACCACGACGGCAUGCUGAGCACGACGGACACGUUCUACUCGACUGAGGAGCUUUGGUUCCCGCAGCGCGAGUUUCUUGGGUCGCCCGCGACCGCGCGCGACAACUACGAGCGCUGGAACCCCAUGAACCACGUGUUGAACUGGCGUACGCCCACGCUCGUCGUGCAGGGCGGCCUCGACUUCCGGCUCAGCGAGAGCAUGGGUAUCGCGACCUUUACGGCGCUGCAGUACCACGGCGUGGCGAGCCGCUUCCUCUACUUCCCCGACGAGAACCACUGGGUGCUCAAGGCGCACAACUCGCGAUGCUGGCACGCUGAGGUGCUGCGCUGGCUCGACCAGUGGGUCGGGCAUGGGAAGAAGUAGGCGUGCGCUACAGUAGAACAUGAGAAGCAAUAGAAGAAUGCGAGGUUGUUCGCA